CCCCAGGUGGCUGCCAGCCUUGGACGCCGGGCCUUGCCGGGAGGGGGCGCCAGUCGCGGCUACAGGUGCCCGCCCUGGGGCAGCGCUUGAACUUCACUCCAGCUGUGGGAGGAGGGGAAGAGGAGGAAGGGGCCGGGCCGGGUCCCCGCCCCUCGCACCCCGGAUGGAUGUGCCCGGCCCGGUGUCCCGGCGGGCGGCGGCGGCAGCGGCCACCAUGCUCCUGCGCACGGCGCGGGUCCCUCGCGAGUGCUGGUUCUUGCCCACCGCGCUGCUCUGCGCCUAUGGCUUCUUCGCCAGCCUCAGGCCCUCUGAGCCCUUCCUGACCCCCUACCUGCUGGGGCCGGACAAGAACCUGACCGAGAGAGAGGUCUUCAAUGAAAUUUACCCAGUAUGGACUUACUCUUACCUGGUGCUGCUGUUUCCUGUGUUCCUUGCUACAGACUACCUCCGUUAUAAACCUGUUGUUCUGCUGCAGGGACUCAGCCUUAUUGUUACAUGGUUCAUGCUGCUCUAUGCCCAGGGACUGCUGGCCAUUCAGUUCUUGGAAUUCUUCUAUGGCAUCGCCACAGCCACAGAAAUUGCCUAUUACUCAUAUAUCUACAGUGUGGUUGACCUGAGUAUGUACCAGAAAGUCACAAGUUACUGUCGAAGUGCCACAUUGGUGGGCUUCACAGUGGGCUCUGUCCUAGGGCAAAUCCUUGUCUCAGUGGCAGGCUGGUCCCUGUUCAGCCUGAAUGUCAUCUCUCUUACCUGUGUUUCUGUGGCUUUUGCUGUGGCCUGGUUUCUACCUAUGCCACAGAAGAGUCUUUUCUUCCACCAUAUUCCCUCUACUUGCCAGGGAAUGAAUGGCAUCAAGGUACAAAAUGGUGGCAUUGUUACUGAAACCUCAGCUUCUAAUCACCUUCCCGGGUGGGAAGACAUUGAAUCAAAAAUCCCUCUUAAUAUGGAGGAGCCUUCCUUGGAGGAACCGGAACCCAAGCCAGACCGUCUCCUGGUGCUGAAGGUACUAUGGAAUGAUUUCUUGAUGUGCUACUCCUCUCGCCCUCUGCUCUGCUGGUCCGUGUGGUGGGCCCUCUCCACCUGUGGCUACUUUCAAGUGGUUAAUUACACACAGGGCCUAUGGGAGAAGGUGAUGUCUUCUCGCCAUGCUGCUAUCUAUAACGGUGGUGUGGAGGCUGUUUCAACCUUACUGGGUGCUGUUGCAGUGUUUGCAGUUGGUUACAUAAAAAUAUCCUGGUCAACUUGGGGAGAAAUGACUUUGUUUCUGUUUUCUCUCCUGAUUGCUGCUGCUGUGUAUAUCAUGGACACUGUGGGUAACAUUUGGGUGUGCUACGCAUCCUAUGUUGUCUUCAGAAUCAUCUACAUGUUACUCAUCACUAUAGCAACUUUUCAAAUUGCUGCCAACCUCAGCAUGGAGCGCUAUGCCCUGGUGUUUGGUGUAAAUACCUUCAUUGCUCUAGCACUGCAGACUCUGCUCACUCUAAUUGUGGUGGAUGCCAGUGUCCUUGGCUUAGAAAUUACCACUCAGUUCCUGAUCUAUGCUGGUUAUUUUGCAUUCAUCGCUGUGGUUUUCCUCGCUAAUGGUAUAGUCAGUAUUAUGAAGAAAUACAGAAAGCAUGAAGAUCCAGAAUCAAGUUCUCAUGCAACCACUUCAUGAAACAAUGUGCUAACCUUCUCAUAGCAAGAACUCUGCACAGCAACUGUGUUUGGAUAUAUUUAAUUUUGUAAGGUGUAAACAUAUGUUUAUAACUGUGUAUUUCAUGGCUUCAGAACAGCCAAAUGACUAUACCUUGCAUUAGUGGAUUAACAUAAUACUGUUCAGAAGAGCCAGAAGUAAAGUUUAUAUAAUGGUUUACUUAUGCAAGCUAAUUAGGAUUACUUUUUCUGAUUCAAAAGUAAACUUGAUUUUGAAAGCCAAGGAAUCAGGAGCAAUCAAUCAGCACAUGGCAUUGUCUACUUGGUAGUGAGUUUGAUGUUUCAUAGGUCAAAUACUUGUCUGUCUCUCUAGCAAAAACCUUGGCCUGGUGGAACCAAGCUUCAUAGAGGUCACAAGAUGUUACAGGUCAGAAUGGAAAUAUGUUCUGAUAGCACGUGCCUCUGUUCUAAGUAAUUCUUAUUUCAGUGUUAUCAUGUACAUUCAUAUUUCUACAGAUGACAGUUGUUCCUGUCACUGGCAGUGUUUGUGCUUGUUUCCUUUUGUGUCCUAUGAAAAGUAUGUAUCAUUUCUUAUUUUAUGUUAGAAAAUUCAUUGUAUGAAUGUUCUGAGUUCCAUGUUGACAAUGAUAUAUUUAUGUAGAUUUUCUUUAGAAGUACAUUUUUGCAUUAUUCAUAUGCUUCCCAGAGAAGCUCAGCUAGUUAGAAAAUAAGGCAAAUUUUGAAGCCUGCUAAUAAUCUAGGCAAAGACCUAAUCAGAAAACUUAAGGUAGGUUUGCUUGCCUUUUAUUCUUCAAUAUGAAGGACUAUUUAUUCCAUGAUAAAAAUUUUAGUGUAUUGGUUAAAGAUACAAGUAGCCCAGUUUGUAUUUGCAUUCCUUUUUAUUUCCAAAAUAAAAUGAAGUCUUUUUUUUUAAAUAACUUCAUUCCCAUUUAUAGCUUUUAUAUUAUUUGUCCUUCUUAUCCAAGAUAAAGGUGUCAUUAGCUGUUGGAUUAUUCCAAGACCUUUUUCAGAAACUGAGCCUCUUUUUAAUUGUUUGAGAAGGACAGGAUCUAGGAUAGACUUGAUUCCUGCUUUUUGUACAUUAAAGCUGCCCUUAUUUCUAAGGGUAGAUCAUCUUAAAUAUUUGCUUAAAAUAAGAUUGCUAGUGAUUCCAUUUACAAGUUACUUGAAAAAAUGUUACUCUGUAUAUUUAUUUAAUUCUGAUAUCAGUCUACCAAGUGGCUGCUAGUAUAUAUGUGAGACAUAUUUUAAAGCCAACUUUGUUGCCUUAUCUUGAAAAGAAUUUAAGUAGCUGCUUUCAACAGGGACUAUUAAACUUUUUAGAAUGUCACAGCUCAGCUGUGAAUAAUAGUGUAAAGAUUGCAAAAUCUAUAUAUUCAUUUCAUUUCAGCAGGAAUUCUAGAAGCAAAUGAAUGAGUGGAAGAAUAGAUCAUCUUCCAUUCACCUUCCUUUCUAAUUAAGGAAAAGGAAAAGAAUGCUAGCUUAGGAAGGGAAGAGAAGGGAUAUCAUAAAAGUAAUAGCCUCUAAUUUUUUUGGUCAUUUUCUUUACAUAGAGAACUGUUUACUUAGAAACAAAUAGAAAAGUUAUAUUUGAGGGAUUUUAUUUAAUUAUUUAAAGAAAAUGGACUGUAUUGCAAUCAAAUUGUUCAUGCUACCAAAGCAAUAUUUCCCUGGUAUUUAAUUCCAAGUUUGUGGCAUGUAAAACGAGGCUUUACUUAUUUAAGACAAUAAUAAGUUCACAUCUUGUUGUGUGACCAUAUUAGUAGAAUGUUGAGCCCAAUUUGCAAGGUGUACUGUAUGCAGUUUUGCAAAGAAGUGAAAAUAAUUUGUUGUACUGUUUAUUCAAUUCUGUAUAAAUUAUAAAAUUAUUUUUAUUAAAUAAAUCUUUUACAGUAUGCCUUCCCUUUUUAAUCAGAAUUAUUUUAAAUUUAUCUUUUGCUUCAGUAAAAGAUUUGGAGUGUAUCCUGAAUAAUUUCUCCUAGCACAAAUUUCAUAUUAUGCCAUCCCCCCAUCUGACCUUCCCUAAUUAGCCUUCAGUCAUCCUGUUAAUUCUCCCAUUGCUUUAUAAUCUUUACCUUUGACUCUUUCUUAUUUCUGUUGUUUUCCAAGUUUUCUUUCUAGCACCAGAUGCAUUAUUUAUUUAUUUAUUUUUGGUCUUUAUCUUGUUACCUCUUAUACCUCUUUUCUAAUGCAUGUUCCCUUUUAGAAGUGGGAAGAUCUACCUCCCCUCCCACAUUAACUAGAUUUUAAAAAAUAAAGGAAAUUAGGUCCAAGGGUAAAUUUACCAUUUUUUUUUGAAACUGUAUAGCCUCUUUGUUCUAAACCCAAGUAAUGUGAUACCCAAGAAAGCAUCUUCUUUUUCUCAGUUGCGUAUCAUGCAUUAUUUCCAAGAUCAGAUUGGUCUUUUCUCACAGUAUCCAAAUGUAUACCUUCCCUCUAAUAACACAUUUCAAAACCUAUUUUAGAAGGCAUUUCAUUGAUCAGCAUCAAAGACUUAGAAAUUUUUCAUGCAAAAAAAAUUUUUAAGCAUAAUUUUCUGUCCCUAUUAGGUAUACAUUCUGUAUCUUAAUGAUAUUCAGAUUGUAAGCCAUUUGAGCAGGGACCAUGUCUUCUUUCCAUCUUUUGUUGCAAAAUACAUUCUAAUGCCAUAUGAAAAUUGAAUUAUAUAAAUGAUGUGUAAUGAACUUAAUAUAGCUACUUUUCAGUACAAAUGUUGAAUGCCCAUUUUUUAAAAAGCUAUAUCAACAUAAAGUAUUAAGAUUAAAAUGCCUAUCAAUGAUCUCUAGUCUCCUGGAUGCUUUAUUCAAGGCAUUGUGCUUACAUGAUAGAAACUGGAUAUCUAUCUGUUUUACUUACAGCAUCCUCCCCAUAAUUAAUGCUUUAUAUUUGACAAAUUACAGUUUGGGAAAGGCAUCCUGUAAUAGUAAUAAUUCCUCUACUCUUUUCACUAUUGGUUAUGUAAUACUGAUAGUAGGUUUGCCACUCAAAGCUAUGAUCCAUUAGGGAAGCCACUCUCUAGACCUCCAGUUUCCUCAUCAGUAAGUGGGGAUGAUACCUCCUCAUAGGCUUGUUGUGAAGAAAUGAAAGACUCUAUGAAAGCACACUAGUGACACAGAGUAGGGGACUAGGAAUGCUCUUCCUUUCCCUUUGCUCUGUUUACCUAUGUAGCAAUCUCAAAAUUACACUCUCAAAGGAAAUUUUUCUUUGAAAGUUGCAGUCAGAGUGGAAAUGACCAGAGGCCUUAAUAUAAAUGUUUUGGAAGGCUUUUUGGGGGAUACAGCUGAAAAAGUCAUGCUUCAAACUAGGAAUUUAAAUGUGUGAAAAAUAUA